AUGGAUUGUCUGGGCGCAGCCUUGGGUACUAUCUUGGCUGAGAUAGGGCGUGGUAUGUGCAGAACAACUUAUUCUCGGGCCCUUUAUGCCAUCCGGUUCAAGUCGAACAUCAAUGUUUUGAAGAAUGCACUCAAUGGCCUUAUGGAAGUUCAGAACAAAGUGGAUAAAGACCUCAAAACCUUGGAAAUCAAAGGGAAAUCUUUGCAUGUGCAACUGAGGAGAUGGCUAAGAGAUGUGGAAGGAGUUGUCUCCGAAGCAAAUUCAAUGCUGGAAAAGCGUGUUUCAUGUGCUCCAUUCUUGAAAUGGGGGCUGAGCAAAAAACUUGUGGUAAUUCUUGAGAAAAUCAAGAGACUUGAAAAGCAAGGCGUAGAGCUUCUUGACAUAUUCUCUGUGGAAGGUAAAUCUGAACUAGUUGAAAAAAUUCUUGGACCCUCGAUUCCUGAUCAAACGAGAGCAUCAGAUAUGUUAGCCAAAAUUCUAAGCUGUUUAAGGAGCGAGAAAGUUCAAAAGAUUGGUGUUUGGGGUAUGGGUGGAGUCGGGAAAACAACACUAGUCAGAGAACUGAACAAUAAGCUAUGGAAAGAAGCUGCUACACAAUCUUUUGGUAUGGUGAUAUGGGCUACAGUUUCCAAAGAGUUUGAAGUGGGAAGGGUCCAGAAGCAAAUCGCUGAGAGGUUGGAUAUAGAGAUCAAAUUGGGCGAAAACGAGGAGAAACUGGCGAAACGGAUUUAUGGAAGGCUUGAGAAAGUAAGUAGAUUUCUUCUCAUUCUUGAUGAUGUUUGGAAACCCAUUGACUUAGACCAGUUGGGGAUUCCACAAACAGAUGGACACAACAGCUCAAAGAUUGUGUUGACUUCUAGAUUUUUAGAGGUCUGCCAGAGCAUAAAAACGGAUAUUGACUUCAGAGUAGAUUGCUUAUGCGAGGAAGAAGCCUGGGAAUUGUUUUGUCAAAACGCUGGAGAAGUUACCAGAUCAGAUCGUAUUAGACCCAUCGCAAAAAAGGUUUCCCGGGAAUGUGGUGGAUUGCCUUUGGCUAUCAUCACAGUUGGAAUGGCUAUGCGGGGGAAGAAGGUGGUCAAGCUGUGGAAACAUGCCCUUAAGGAACUCAAGAGUUCGGUGCCUUAUGUCAAGAGUAUUGAAGAAAAAAUUUACCAGCCUUUGAAAUUGAGCUACGACUUGCUCGAGCCAAAAAUGAAAUCUUGCCUCCUCUUCUGUGCCUUAUUUCCAGAGGAUUACUCAAUUGAAGUAGCUGAUCUUGUAAGGUACUGGACUGCCGAAGGGUUUAUAGAUGAAACACAAAACCAUGGAUACUUAAUGAAUCAAGGAGUUACCUUGGUAGAGAAUCUGAAAGACUCUUGCUUGCUAGAAGAGGGUGUACGUCAUGACACAGUUAAAAUGCAUGAUGUGAUUCGUGAUUUUGCAAUAUGGAUCAUGUCAUCCUCGCAAGAUGAUACUCACUCUCUUGCCAUGUCUGGUAUAGGCUUGCGAGAGUUUCCACAAGAGAAGUUUGUUCCUUCUAUCCGAAGAGUUUCUUUGAUGAACAAUAAGCUUAAAACACUCCCGGAUCAGGUGGUAGAGUGUGUUGAACUCUCGUCUUUACUGCUGCAAGGAAACUUUCAUCUUGAGAAUAUACCAGUGGGAUUCUUGCGCUCUUUGCCAGCACUUCGGACUCUGAAUCUAAGUGGGACACGUAUAACGUCAUUACCUCUCUCCAUCAGCAAGCUUCAUGAGCUUCGAUCUCUCAUCUUGAAAGACUGCUACUACCUUGAAGAAGUACCUUCCCUUGAAGGCCUUACCAAAAUUCAAGUUUUGGAUCUCUGUGCCACUCGUAUUAAGGAUUCGCCAAGAGGAUUGGAAACUUUGAACAGCUUGAGACUACUUGAUCUAUCCCGAACACAUCACCUCGAAAGCAUACCAGCGGGGAUCAUCCCACAGUUAUCAAGUUUAGAGGUUCUAGACAUGACACUUAGUCAUUUCCACUGGGGGGUCCAAGGAGAAACUCAGGAAGGGCAAGCAACACUUGAAGAGAUUGCGUGUCUCCAUCGUUUAUCCGCUCUCUCCAUCAGGGUCGUGUGUGUUCCACCUAUUUCCCCAAAAUACAAUUCUUGGAUAGAAGGUUUGAAGAAAUUCCAGUUGUUCAUUGGCCCAACAGCAAACUCCUUACCUAGUAGACAUGACAAGAGGAGAGUGACAAUAAGUAGUCUCAAUGUUUCAGAGGCAUUCAUUGGGUGGUUGCUAGCAAAUACAACCUCCCUAGUGAUGAACCAUUGCUGGGGUCUCAAUGAGAUGCUGGAGAAUUUGGUAAUUGAUAGCACAAAUAGCUUUAACGUUAUGAGGUCUUUAACAGUCGAAGGUUUUGGUGGAAGUAUAAGGCCUGCUGGUGGCUGUGUUGCGCAGCUAGAUCUUUUACCUAACCUUGAAGAACUUCAUCUACGGCGUGUGAACCUAGAAACCAUUAGAGAGCUUGUGGGUCAUCUUGGGUUGAGAUUUCAGACACUGAAACAUUUAGAGGUCAGCAGAUGUAGCCGGCUCAAAUGCCUUCUCUCAUUAGGGAACUUCAUCUGUUUCUUGCCAAACCUACUAGAGAUACAUGUUAGUUUCUGUGAUAGGCUUCAAGAGCUGUUUGACUAUUCUCCAGGAGAAGUUCCAGCCUCCACUGAACCUGUGGUACCUGCCCUGCGUGUCAUAAAACUGAGGAAUCUUCCGCGGCUGAAGAGAUUAUGUAGCCAAGAAGAGUCAUGGGUAAGUUUAGAGCAUGUGGAGGUGAUAAGAUGCAAUCUUCUCAAGAAUCUACCCAUUAUAUCAAAUAACGCUCAUAGAGUCAAAGAAAUUAGAGGAGAAACACACUGGUGGAACAACUUAACUUGGGAUGAUGACACUACAAGAGAAACCCUUCAACCUUGUUUCUUCCCAGCUGAUGGAAAUAAACUAAAGAGCUCUCUCGGAAUCUCUUGUUAGCAGAUUACAGAGAGGGAUCUUAAAGCUUUUGUAGCUAGAAUGUAAUCAACUAAAUCAUGGACUUACAAUGGAUAAUAGUUGGCUGAAUCUUCUCCAGCUUCAGUCAUCUGUUAAAGAAGUGUAAAUAAUACGCUCAAAAACAUAAAAUACA